AAACAGUCCAACAUCGCUAUUGCGCAAACUCGAAUCUUUGCCCCGACGAAGUCCUCUCACACUCAAUAAAAUGGCCUCGAUAACAAUACCUCGUGCUGUCAUGCGCAGUCUCUCACGAGCAACGCCCUCCAUCCGUUCCAGAGCGCCGCGCAUCGCCACAAGAUGUCUGCACCAGAAGUCGUCGCCCCUCACAUCUUCUCCAGUACAGCACCGACCGAGAGCGCAACCAUGGAGUCAGGGUGCAAUCUCACCAUCCGCAACUAUCGCACGGCGAACAAUGUUCAUCCAGACCGAGCCCACACCAAACGCUGAUGCGCUCAAAUUCAACCCCAACAUGCGCGUCCUCCCCGAAACCAUAUCCUCUCCCUUCCUCGAAUACAUCUCCCCCCGCUCGACCCUCGCACCACCGCACCCCUCCCCGCUCGCUGCCCAACUCAUGAACAUCGACGGCGUGACAAGCGUUUUCUUCGGCGUCGACUACAUCACCGUGACAAAAGACUCGUCCACACCUUGGGCGCACAUCAAGCCCGAAGUCUUCGCCGUCAUCAACGAGACACUGACAUCUGGCUCGCCAGUCGUUAACACCGUUGAGGCGAAAGCUGGUGAAGAGGGGCAGGGUGGCACCGAAGUAGACUCCCUCGCGUACGAUGAGAACGACGAUGAGGUUGUUGGUAUGAUCAAAGAACUCCUCGAGACGCGGAUUCGGCCUGCGAUCCAAGAAGACGGCGGAGAUAUCGAUUUCCGCGGGUUUGUGGAUGGACAAGUACUUUUGAAGUUGCGCGGCGCGUGCAGGACUUGUGACAGCAGUACGGUGACGCUGAAGAACGGGAUUGAGAGCAUGUUGAUGCAUUACAUUGAGGAGGUCAAGGGGGUGCAACAGGUGCUGGAUCAGGAGGAGGAGAUUGCGAUGAAGGAGUUUGAAAAGUUUGAGGAGAAGCUGAGACAACAGAAGGGCAGCGCGCCGGCGGCUACGACAGGCAAGGGUAGCUUGGAUACUGUGGAGUAAGGAGCGGUGUGAACUGAAGUUUAGAGAUACCACUACGCUCGUUCGGCUUUUGGAGGACGAGAUUGUACAAAACGUAAUGCAUUCGUAAAGCAAGUUCAUGGUAUGCAAACGUCCGUUGAGU